CCCAAAGGCGUGAACUGCCUGGCCUAUGAUGAGGCCAUCAUGGCGCAGCAGGACCGUAUCCAGCAAGAGAUCGCGGUGCAGAACCCGCUGGUGUCAGAGCGGCUGGAGCUGGCAGUGCUGUACAAGGAGUACGCCGAGGACGACCACAUCUACCAGCAGAAGAUCAAGGACCUGCUCCAGAAGUAUUCCUACAUCCGGAAGACGCGGCCGGACGGGAACUGCUUCUACCGAGCCUUCGGCUUCGCCCACCUGGAGGCUCUGCUGGAGGAUGGCCAGGAGCUGCAGCGGUUCAAGGAGGUCUCCGCCCGCAGCAAGGAGGAGCUGGUGGCGCAGGGCUUCACCGAGUUCACCAUCGAGGACUUCCACAACACGUUCAUGGAGCUGAUCGAGCGGGUGGAGCGCCGCGUGCCACUGCCAGAGCUGCUGGCGGCCUUCAACGAGCCCAGCACCUCCGACUACCUGGUGGUCUACCUGCGCCUGCUGACCUCCGGCUGCCUCCAGCGCCACCACCGCUUCUUCGAGCAGUUCCUCGAGGGCGGCCGCAGCAUCAAGGAGUUCUGCCAGCAGGAGGUGGAACCCAUGUGCAAGGAGAGCGACCACAUCCACAUCAUCGCCCUCGCACGAGCCUUGCACGUCUCCAUCCUGGUGGAAUACAUGGACCGGGGGGAGGGCGGCGCCACCAACCCCCACGUCUUCCCCGAGGGCUCCCAGCCCCGCGUCUGCCUCCUCUACCGUCCUGGCCACUACGACAUCCUCUACAAGUGAGCUCUCGCCUCGCACGAGGCCUCGCACGA